AUGUUCUACUCGCGGUGUUCGCGACUGGUCGCCUCCAGCACCGCCCGUCCCUUGACAUCAUACCUGUCGAGGGUUGGCCGGCGCUACUCUUCCGCGUCUCCUGCUUACGAGUACAUUCUUACGGAGAGCCCCAAACCAGGUGUUGGAUUAAUCACUCUGAACCGCCCCAAGGCCCUCAAUGCUCUGUCGAGCCCUCUGUUCAAGGAAUUGAACGAUGCCCUCACCAAAUACGAUGAGGACAAGGACAUUGGAGCCAUUAUCAUAACCGGCAGCGAAAAAGCUUUUGCUGCCGGUGCGGAUAUCAAGGAGAUGGCCCCCCUGACCUUUUCGUCCGCCUACUCCAACAACUUCAUCGCGCCCUGGUCCCAUCUGGCCAACAAUAUCCGGAAACCGGUCAUUGCGGCCGUCGCGGGAUACGCUCUCGGUGGAGGGUGCGAACUGGCCCUCAUGUGUGACAUCGUGUACUGCACCGCCAACGCGACGUUCGGCCAGCCGGAGAUCAAACUGGGCGUCAUCCCCGGUGCCGGCGGUUCGCAGCGCUUGACGAGGGCGGUUGGGAAGAGCAAGGCGAUGGAACUCAUCCUGACGGGGAAGAACUUCAGCGGCAAGGAAGCCGGCGAGUGGGGUGUCGCUGCCAAGGUGGUUGACGGCGGCAAGGAUGAGCUUCUGGAGGAGGCCAUCAAGACGGCGGAGACGAUUGCCAGCUACAGCCGGGUUGCUGUGACGGCCGCCAAGGAGGUCGUGAACAAGAGCCAGGAGCUUGCCCUGAAGGAGGGUGUCGACUUUGAGAGACGGCUGUUCCAUGGCCUGUUUGGCACCCAGGAUCAGAAGAUCGGUAUGACUGCGUUUGCGGAGAAAAAGAAGCCGGAAUGGACACAUGAGUAA